AUGUUGCUCAUGGAUAGGGCUCACCGAGUGGCAAAACCACAACACCUACCCACCUCUACACCGCGGGACGUGCUCACCAAAAUGCACUACUUCCAUGUCAAAGAUACUCUCCUGCAUUCCAAGAAGCCUCAACAUGAACUACCAGAGAAGUAUAGGCCUAUUCAUAUUUUCACGGAUCUCUCAGCUGAAACGCGAAACAGGAAGAUUCCCUACCGAUGGGGAUUCCCGAUUAAAUUGCUGAUCCUACGAGAACGCAAAACAUAUGCAGCCACCGACGCAGAGGCCGGCAUCCAACUACUGAGCUCCUGGGCCAUCACCACAGCCAUAACGGAAAACAGAACCAACAAUCGUGCACCCCUUAUCCUAGAAUGGCAGGUGGUUAGACACUCAAAAACAUCCAAGAACUCAUCCGAUAAAUAA